CCACCCACGUUUUUUCCGAUAGGUGUCGUGUUUGCAGAUCCUUUCAUGGCCGUUCGCUGUACAAUGGUGGACACAAAAGCCCAAACUCCGGAAAAGAAAGCUGCAGCUGUCCCAGCUGCUUCAGCUGCUCCAGCUGCUCCAGCUGCGCCACCUGCAGCUAAAGAGAGCGCGAAGAAGAAGAGCAAGGGAAAGUCUUCGACGGGAAAGGCAAGGAAUUAUGACUUAGGGAAUGGCGUCUAUAGGUUCAGUCGUACUCGCAUGUAUCACAAGAAAGCCAUUUAUAAAUUUCUUGGAAAGAAAACCCCAAAGAAGGUUAAGCCCAAGAAGCCCUUGACUAUCGAAAAGCAGAUUGGUGGUGACAAGAAUGGUGAGAAGCGAAUCGUGCUCUUAAAGAAGAGACGUGCAAACUAUCCUACUGCCGAUCGAGUUACUGUGCACCAUGCUAAGAAAUGUUUCCAUGAACAUCGUCGUUACUUGAGACCAACUCUGAAACCAGGAACAAUCUGCGUCUUGUUGGCUGGUCUUCAUAAAGGAAAGAGAGUGGUCUUUCUAAAACAAUUAAAGAGUGGUUUGCUUUUGGUUACUGGACCAUUCCUGAUUAAUGCCUGUCCUUUGCGAAGAGUCAGUCAAAAUUAUGUGAUUGCUACUUCCACGAAAUUAAAUAUCUCUAAAGUCAAAUUGCCUACACACAUCAAUGAUGAAUAUUUCAAGAGAAAACGCGACAAGCGCGCUAAGAAAGAGGAAGGUGACAUCUUCAGCAAAAAGAAGGAAGAGUAUAAACCGAACGACCAACGAAAGGCUGAUCAAAAAGUAGUUGACAAAAUGGUAAUCAACGCCAUUAAGAGACAUCAAGACAAAAAGAUGCUGUUCACGUAUCUAUCAGCAAUGUUUGGACUACGAAGCAGUCAGUAUCCACACAGAAUGAAAUUCUAAUUCUGUCAUGCUUAUGAUUCGAACUUUUCAAAGAAAUAAAUAUAAAACUACAAAUCUA